CUGACUAUUAAAUCAAUGAAAUUGUCUAUUAUUCAUCAGUUACGAAUUAUCAAACUAUAUAUAAAUAAAAAAUUAUGUUUCCUCAAAAUUGUUAUAUUCUUUUUUACAAAUAUUGAUUCAUGCUAUGUGUUCGACUGAUCUCUUGAUUUUACGUAUUCUGUAAAUCUUACGCAUUUUGUUUUUAGUUGUAUUUAAUAAAUCAGAAAAAAUGUGGAUAUGUAAAAUGUGGGCAGAUAAAGCUUAAGCAUAUAAUUAAAUUUAUAUAUACUUAUGUAUAUUUAUAUAUUACUAUUAUUAUUGAAGUUUUUGUAAUACAAGAACUCUACAUAAAAAAAAAGGUAGAAAGGGUCAUCGAUUUUGAAUAUCCUAGAAACAACUAUAAACAUUAAAACAAAUUGUUUAAAAUAAUUUGUUUACGAAUAGGAAAAAUUAGUAUUUUUUAUUUUCAACGAUGGACCAUAAUAGUAUUCAAUUGAUGGAAGAUGUUACAUUAGAUGGAAAAAGUAAUGGAAAAAAUAUCACGAAUGUGUUGAACAAGAAUAAGUGUAAAAAUGAAAAUCCUUGUAUCUCUAGCAAACUUAAAGUCGAGUUACAAAUGUUAAGAAUAUCUGAAGAAUCUGAACGACAACUUUAUGAUACUUUAAAACAUAUUUAUGGGCCUAGUUUCAAGCUUUCUGAUAUAUCAGAAUUUGAAAAUAAAAAAUCAAAUUUGGACAAACAGUAUUGGGUGGAAAGGGGUAACUUAGUUAUUAAAGGAAUAGUAGAUUAUUCUUCUAAAGAUAUUACACCUAAAACUGAAGAACAAAUUACUAGACAAUUUGCAAUAGCUAAGUUGGAAAGUUAUGGGUUUCAUCAAUCACAUUGUAUCGAAGCAUUAAUACAUACAGAAGGAGAUAUGGGGAAAGCAUUGGAAAUAUUAUUCUUUAAGUACUAUAAUGUUGAAAAUUUAAAAAAUAAAGUGUCUAAUGGUGUUGAUACAACAGAUUUUCUAGAAAGGCGACAAGACGAAAAAGAGGCACUUGAAUCUAUUUAUGAAAAUAUGUUUAUAGAAAAAAUAAAAAACCAAAUCUGGACUGUACAAGUUAAUCUUGAAUAUUUAGUAAGAAAUGACGAAGUAGAACAAGAAAUAAGAAAGAUAAAACUACAACAGGAGAAAGCAAAAGAAAAAGAAGUUUGCAGAUUAUUUAUUCAUAAGAAAUGUAGAUUUGGAAAUAAGUGCAGAUUUUUACAUCAACAACCGCAAGUACUCAAAAUACCUGAGAGAGAGGAUCCACAGUUUACGUUAGAAAUAAGAUUUCCUGAAGGUUGUAAAUACCCGUACGAACCGCCAUUUUUCUACUUUUAUAAAAAUAAUGGUACUUUUUCAAGUAUACAUUGUUUAAGAAUAAGUAGAAGAUUGUAUAACGAAGCAUUAUCGUUAGCUGAAGAUGGAGUUCCAUCUAUUUUUUCUAUAAUAUCUCUUUUGCAAAAUGAAUAUGAUAUGAAAACAUAUUUAGCAGAAAAUAGAGAACAAUUUCUAGAUCAAAAUGAUCUGCUCUUUCCAAAAUUAUUAGAAACUGAAGAUGAAAAUCGUGCUACACAUCAUGAAUUGGGAUCUAUUAAUAGGAGGAAUAGAAACAAAAUUACAUCGGAGGAGAUAUUAAAAACGAAUGACCUGAUUCGUGAAAAUUUCAAAGAAAAACAAGAAAAUCAUAAGUAUAAAAGAAUGAAAGAAAUUAGAAGAAAACUGCCAGCAUGGUCUAAGAUGGAUAAUAUUUUAGAAACAAUACAUGAACAUCAAGUUACCAUAAUUUCAGGUGAAACAGGAUGUGGUAAAAGUACACAGGUGCCACAAUUUUUAUUGGAUGAUUGGAUGCUUAAUAAAUCCAAAUCAAAAGAACAUAUUAAUAUAAUAUGUACACAACCUCGAAGAAUUAGUGCAGUAGGAGUAGCAGAAAGAGUUGCAUCAGAAAGAGAUGAACGUGUAGGUGACACAGUGGGAUACCAAAUACGAUUGGAAAGUAAAAUGUCUAACAAAACUAGAUUAACAUUUUGCACAACUGGAAUUUUACUACAAAGAUUUUCUAUGAAUCCAGAGUUGACGGAUGUGACUCAUGUCAUUGUUGAUGAAGUCCAUGAAAGAAGCGCAGAGAGUGACUUCCUAUUGAUGCUCCUAAAGGAAUUAUUAUGUAAAAGAUCAAACCUGAAAAUAAUACUUAUGAGUGCAACACUUAAAGCAGAGGCCUUUUCCUCAUACUUUAGAGAAGCUCCUAUUUUAUAUAUUCCAGGAAAAACGUUCCCUGUAGAGCAAAUCUUUUUGGAAGAUAUAUUUGAAUGGACAAAUUAUAUACUCGAAGAAAAUUCGAAAUUUACGCGCAAGAUUAGAGGUGACUGGGAACAGUUACAAAUAGACCUUGAAACUGCAGAAGUUGAAGGUGUUUCCGCUGCUGCAGUUAGAGAAUCAAUUCAGGAUGAGAAUUUAACAUUAAUGCAAAUUGUCAGUAGAUAUCAUGAUUAUAGUAAACAAACGCAUAAAAACUUGUAUGUUAUGGAUCAUGAUAAAAUUAAUUUCGAUCUUAUAGAAACAAUAUUAGAAUGGAUUGCAUUUGGAUCUCAUGACUAUCCGAGAACAGGAUCUAUUUUAGUAUUUUUACCAGGAUUUGCUGAAAUUAUUACAUUAAAAAAUCAGUUGAACGAUAAUAAGAAUCUUUCGCCAAGGACUGGAAAAUUUAUUGUUGUCCCAUUACAUUCAAGUUUAUCUAGCGAAGAGCAGAAUUUGGUGUUUAAAAAAACUGGAGACAUUCGAAAAAUUGUGCUAAGCACCAAUUUAGCAGAAACAUCUAUCACUAUAGACGAUUGUGUUUUUGUGAUUGAUAGUGGAAAAAUGAAAGAAACUAGAUUUAAUUCUAAUCAAAAUAUGGAAAGUUUGGAAACAUGUUGGGUAUCACAAGCAAAUGCAUUGCAGAGGAAAGGUCGUGCUGGACGUGUAAUGGCAGGAGUAUGCAUUCAUUUAUACACUUCAUAUAAAUUUAAAUAUCAUUUUUCAGCACAACCAGUGCCUGAAAUAUUAAGAAUACCUUUAGAACCCUUACUUUUACGUAUUCAAAUAUUACAUAAAGGCAUGGAAAUAGAUUCGCAUAAAGUUUUAGACAAACUUUUAGAACCGCCAUCAGUUUCAAAUGUUCAUAGCGCUAUCAAACGUUUACAAGAUGUUGGAGCAUUUAAUUCUGAAUGUACAUUAACUCCUUUGGGCCAUCAUCUCGCUGCACUGCCUGUAGAUGUUCGAAUUGGAAAACUAAUAUUGUUUGGAGCAAUCUUUUGUUGCCUUGAUUCUGCGCUUACCAUUGCAGCUUGUUUGUCUCAUAAAACUCCAUUCACUGUACCUUUUGAAAGGCGGCACGAAGUAGAUGCCAAAAAAGAAUUUUGUACAGCCAAUUCUGAUCACUUAACUGUUCUUAAAGUGUACAAGAAAUGGUUGGAAGCAUGUGCUCAUAGUAACAUUGCAGGACAAGUUUUUGCCAAUGAAAACUACUUAUCUGUGCGCACAUUGUGCACUUUAGCAGACAUAAAAUACCAAUUUUUAGAAUUAUUAGUAUCAAUUGGUUUCGUUCCCACUAAUUUACCUAAACGACAACCAAAUGUUGAUAGAGUCCUAGAAAUAACUGGAUUUGAACUGAAUGUCAAUAAUGAUAAUUACAAACUUCUCCAAGGCUUGAUUUGCGCUGCUCUUUAUCCUAAUGUUGUAAAAGUUUUUACACCAGAAAAGUCCUUUCAAGUACAAUCUGCUGGAGCAAUUCCAAUGCAACCUAAGCCAGAGGAAUUGAAAUUCCAAACAAAAUGUGAUGGCUUCGUUAGUAUCCAUCCGUCGUCCGUUAACUUCCACGUUGGUUAUUUCCCCAGUCCAUAUUUAGUAUUUCAAGAAAAAAUUAAAACGAGUAAAGUAUUUAUCAAAGAAGUCACGAUGGUGCCAAUUUUAUUAUUGAUUUUAUUUUCUGGUUAUGAUUUGAACAUAGAACUACAUAAUGGAUUAUCUAUUGUAUCGUUAGAAGAUGGUUGGAUUUUGUUCAGUGUUGAGUCGCAUAAGGUUGGUCAACUUUUACAACGAAUGAGGAAAGAAUUAGUGAAAUUAUUGGAAGAAAAAAUGAAGGAUCCACUUUUAAAUCUUUUAAAUCAUCAAAAUGGAAGAAAAAUUAUACAAACCAUUGUACAUGUAGUAACAAAAGACUAAAACAAAAUUUUAAUUGUUUUAACACAAGUACUGCAUUAAAUUUUGCAGAAAAUGAAGAUAUGUUGUUUUACUAAUAUGGAAUGAAGUGACUACAAUUUUUUCAACUAAAAAUUUAAAUAAAUAUCGAUUUGUUUUCAUUAU